AUGGCCGCUCAAGUCGCGUACAUGAUCAUCGCUGGUGAAUUCCAGCUCGUCAAGCACGUCGAGGUCACGAAGGAGCUUGUGCUCCUCAAGAAUGGAGCCAAGUCGGAGGAGGAUGGUAUGGAGAUGGGCAAGGUCUUUGUCGAGCUGCCGGCCGGCGUGACCGUUGAGGAUGCGGUGACGAUGAAGUUUAACAUUGACGGCAACCUCGCUCCGAAGGCCCAGCACGGCGAGCAGCAAUCGGAUAGCGCUAUCUCUCUGGCGGACGAGAAGAAGGGUAUUGAGCGCAUCGACCAAGCUGAACUCGAAGACCGCGCGGUCGCUGACGCUGGCGCUGCGAAACUCAACCCUGCCCGGCUUGCGGCACUCGACCAUGCUGCGGAGACAGCCCAGCCCUACCAACCUCCUUCGACCCCACCUGCCCGGCGGACCUUCCCGGCUGCCAGUGUCCCCAUCGACGACGUUUUCACUUUCAGUGGCGACGCCGGGCGGGCUCGCGUGGCAGUCACGGGACCGCGCGGUGGUAUCGCCGGAAGCCCGCAGUCGCACGCACCCGGCCAUGCGCGUGCCAACAGCCUACCCACCGAUGAAAAUUCGCUCAUUGACUUCCCUGUUGAGGGAGAAACUCCCCAUGCCGGCAGCCAGGGCUCUACGGAGUACGGCUACAAAAGGGUCCCAACUCCUCGCCCACUUGGGCGCAAGCGCACCUAUUCGGAGAUGGACGCGGCGGAAGUGCAGCUCGACCGUCGCCCCGAUGUUGACCUCUCCCAGUGGGAGGAGAAGCCGGGAUACCUGCACGCGGGUCGUCUCCUCAAGAAAAUGCCGCUGAGGCCCGAGCCCGAGCCAAACGUCCUCAGAAGGGUCUCCUUGUCGGCUUUCAGUCCUGAAGCCAGCGAUGCUGAGGAGGUGCAGCGCCCACGCAAGCGCCGUCGUCACAGUGGCCUCGUCCACGAAGCCUCCGACUAA